UAUUGAGGCUGAAACCCACAGAGUCAAACAUCUUCUGUAGGCUAUCAGGCAUAUCAUUUGACAUGAAUUCCUGCUUUGGACUAAUUCAGACCCAUGGAUAUAAGAGCUCGUGGAUCAACUUCACCUUUAUCUGCUUAAUGCUGUGCAUGUGGACUAGUGUAGAGUCCUGGUCUUAUUUCUUUUCAAACAACCCAAUGACAUGGGAAGAUGCACGAAGCUGGUGCCAGGAGCACUACACAGACAUGGUGGCCAUUCAGAACCAGGAAGAGAUCGAGCAUCUUAACAACUGGCUGCCCAAGAAAAAUGGCUACUACUGGAUUGGGAUUCGUAAGAUCAAUAAUGUCUGGACCUGGGUAGGAACCACCAAGCCUCUGACUAAAGAAGCAACCAACUGGGCAGAAGGAGAACCGAACAACAGCAAGAGUGACAGAAAUGCACAAAUCAGUGAGGACUGUGUGGAGAUGUACAUUAAAAGGGAUAAAGAACCAAGCAAGUGGAAUGAUGAGAGAUGUACAAAAUCAAAGACUGCUCUGUGCUACACAGCGGCUUGUAAGAAUGACUCCUGUUUGCAUGGAGAGUGUGUUGAAACCAUCAACAGCCACAAAUGUGAUUGCUUUGAAGGUUUUUUUGGAGACAAGUGUGACCAAGCUGUGCAGUGUAACAAAAGCGAAGUUAUUGCCCCAGAUAAAGGAUCUCAAAAUUGCUCUCACAAGUAUGGCAGCUUCACCUAUGACUCCUUGUGUCAGUAUUCCUGUGAGGAAGGAUACAAGCUGAGUGUGCAGAGAUCUCUGAGGUGCACUUCUUCAGGGAAAUGGUCAGAAAAGCCACCUUUGUGUGAAUUGAUUCAGUGUGAGAAGAUGUCAGAGCCUACACAUGGAUCCAUGAAAUGCUCCGAUCCUCUGGGCUCAUUCAGCUAUCAGUCCACCUGUACUUUUACCUGUGAUGAAGGUUAUGUACUGUCUGGAUCUCCAUCUCUGCAGUGUGAAUCAUCAGGAAAUUGGAAUGCAUCCCAGCCAUACUGUGUUGCUGUCCAGUGCCCUGCUCUGCAAAACUUGACAAAUGGCUUUGUCAGCUGUGGAGAAGAUGCUGAUAUGAGGUUCAGCUACAAAAACACCUGCAGCUUCAGUUGUGACCAAGGUUACCAUUUAGUGGGAGCCAGUAGAAUGACCUGCACAUCAGGAGGUACAUGGAAUCAGCAGAUUCCUCACUGUGAAGCCAUCCUUUGCCAGAAUCCAGAGAGAGAAGCUCCCCUCAUCAUGCAGUGCAGUGAAUCUGUGACCGAACUGCGACCAAACUCCACCUGCAGCUUCAGCUGUGAAGAAGGUUUUGAACAGCAGGGAGCAAACACCAUCAAGUGUUCUGAGGACGGACAGUGGAAUAAAAUCAUACCUACAUGCAAAGCAAAAGGAUGUCCUGCUCCAGAGGUCCCAACAAAUGGUCAGAUAAGCUGCAGCCCUUCUCUGUCUUCAUUUCUUAGUCAUGAGACACCCCAUCCACUUGGCAUGCUUUGUAAUUUUACAUGUGAUGAAGGACAUGAGCUGCAAGGUGCACACAGCAUGGAGUGUACACAUCCAGGCCAAUGGACCUGCAGAUCACCAACCUGCACAGCUGUUACAUGUUUGUUGCUUGAGGCUCCUGAAAACGGUCACAUCAGUUGCUCCAGCACUGAGUCAGUUUACAACUCUCAGUGCUCCUUCACCUGUGACCAAGGCUACUCAUUAGAAGGACAUGAGCUGCUGACAUGUGAUCAUCAUGGCAACUGGACUGGAGAGAAACCCACCUGUCAAGCCAUCCUUUGCCAGAAUCCAGAGAGAGAAGCUCCCCUCAUCAUGCAGUGCAGUGAAUCUGUGACCGAACUGCGACCAAACUCCACCUGCAGCUUCAGCUGUGAAGAAGGUUUUGAACUGCAGGGAGCAAACACCAUCAAGUGUUCUGAGGACGGACAGUGGAAUAAAAACAUACCUACAUGCAAAGGAUGUCCUGCUCCAGAGGUCCCAACAAAUGGUCAGAUAAGCUGCAGCCCUUCUCUGUCUUCAUUUCUUAGUCAUGAGACACCCCAUCCACUUGGCAUGCUUUGUAAUUUUACAUGUGAUGAAGGACAUGAGCUGCAAGGUGCACACAGCAUGGAGUGUACAAAUCCAGGCCAAUGGACCUGCAGAUCACCAACCUGCACAGCUGUUACAUGUUUGUUGCUUGAGGCUCCUGAAAACGGUCACAUCAAUUGCUCCAGCACUGAGUCAGUUUACAACUCUCAGUGCUCCUUCACCUGUGACCAAGACUACUCAUUAGAAGGACCUGAGCUGCUGACAUGUGAUCAUCAUGGCAACUGGACUGGAGAGAAACCCACCUGUCAAGCUCCUGUUCCAGUUGCUGCAAUUACAUUUGGUGUGGCAACAGGGGGCACUGCCUUGUUCUCUGGUGUGUCUAUGGCUAUGUGGCUCUUGAAAAAGAUGAAGAAGAAAGCUGAUGCAUAUGAGCUGAGCAGCAACUCUGACAUAGAGGCUCCUCUACAGAGCUACAAAAAGCAGUGACUGCCUGAUAUAGAAGACUUUUCUAUUCUUAGUAGACAACUACAGACAGUAUAUAUUUCAAAACAGCAAUGUGAAAAUAUGAAUCAUAUAUACUAAUUUAAAAGGAGUAUAAAAUAAGUAAACCCAGUGUCACAAGAAGUGGGUGGAUGUGACAUUUGCAGAUUAUAUUAUAGGUUUGAUCAUAUUUGGCUGAAUUUUUAAAACAAAAUGUGCUGACAUAUAUU